ACACUUUAAAGAGGUGUUGCUCACUAACCUGAAAGGAGUUUCAGAAAGCACAUGUAUUGAGCUGAUGGCGGUACAAAGUCACGCAACAAUUCAGUUUUAAUCAUUUAAAAUAUACAUGUUGGUACUUGAACGAGCAAUGGAGGGACAAGUCUAUGCUCAGGAGGAUCUGGCGAGUCUGUCAGAUUUGGACGAGAAGAGUUUACUUGAGUCACUGACUACACGCUUCAGCCACAGUCACAUCUAUACUUAUAUUGGGGAUAUUUUGGUCGCCAUGAACCCAUUUAAACAACUUCCACUCUAUGGAAAAGAGGUAUCAGAGAAGUACAAAUGCCAUGAGAAGAGCACUUUACCUCCACAUAUAUUUGCUGUAGCUGAUCGAGCAUACCAGUCCAUGUUAGGCCGUCUGGCCACUGGGCCAAAAAACCAAUGCAUCGUUAUCAGUGGUGAAAGUGGAGCAGGGAAGACCGAAAACACAAAGCUUUUAUUGCGGCAGCUCAUGGAGCUUUGUCGGGCGAACUCUCAGCUUGAGCAGCAGAUCCUACAGGUGAACCCUCUUCUGGAGGUGUUUGGAAAUGCCCAGACAGUCAUGAAUGACAACAGUAGUCGGUUUGGAAAGUAUAUACAGCUGCGCUUUCAGAACUCUUCAGUAAAAGGAGCCAAAAUCAACGAGUACCUCCUAGAAAAGUCCCGUGUGGUCCACCAAGAUGAAGGCGAGAGGAACUUCCACAUUUUCUACUGUAUGCUUGCUGGCAUUUCUGCACAGGACAAGGAGAUGUAUGGCCUCCUGGACCCUACUCAAUACCGUUACCUGAAUGGCCGAUUUGGUCAGGCCGAUAUGGUGCAGCACUGGAGUGAAAAGUACAAUGAAGUGAGCAACGCCAUGGAUAUGGUGGGCUUUGAGGAGCAGGAAAAGGUGGACAUGUUGACAAUCCUGGCUGGGAUCUUGUCUCUGGGAAAUAUCACGUUCGAGCCGACUGAGAACGACGCACUGAAAGUGAGCAAGACUUCACAGGGCUGGCUCAAAGCUACUGCGGGUCAGUUUGGUGUUCAGGAGGAUGACCUGAUGAGGUGCCUCACUUGCACUAUGUCAGUUACUCGAGGGGAAUCCAUCCACCGCUUUCACAACCAGCAACAAGCUGAAGAUGCCCGAGAUUCGAUCGCCAAAGUGGUGUACGGCAGAGUGUUUGGCUGGAUCGUUAGUAAAAUUAAUGAGCUGCUGACGCAUAAACUGGAUACAAAUGUUGAGCUGAGCGAAAUAGGUAUUCUUGACAUUUUUGGGUUUGAGAACUUUGCCGUGAACCGUUUCGAGCAGCUCUGCAUUAACCUUGCUAAUGAGCAGCUACAGUAUUUUUUUAAUCAUCACAUUUUUCUAAUGGAGCAAAAUGAGUACAAAGAGGAGGGCAUCCAUUGGGAGACCAUCAGCUUCAAGGAUAACAAACCAAUUCUGGACCUGUUCUUAACGAAGCCGAUUGGGAUUUUGUCCUUGCUGGAUGAGCAGAGUGCCUUUCCUCAGGCCACAGAUGGAAACUUUGUAGACAAGCUGAACAGCAAAUUCAAAGCCAAUCCCCACUUUGAGGUGGUCCGGAGCCAUAGCCCUCUCUUUACUGUUGUGCACUAUGCUGGAAAGGUACAGUAUAAUGCCAGUGGAUUUCUGGAAAAGAACAGAGACAACAUUCCAGCGAGCAUUCGCACUCUCUUCAUCAAUAGUGUUACACCUCUUCUUAGUGUCCUCUUUGCUGCCACAAUUUCCAGAACAGGGACAUUGAUGCCACGUAAAGCAAAGAUGGUAAACUUUGUAGAUGACAAUUUCAACUCAACCAGGAAGCAGUCUGUGGGCACACAGUUCAAGCAUUCCCUGACUGUAUUGAUGGAGAAGAUGUUUGCAGCCAAUCCGCACUUUGUAAGAUGCAUUAAACCCAACGGCAGCAAAUUGCCCAAUCAGAUGGACAGUAAACUCAUCAUGGAUCAACUAAGGUACAAUGGCCUGUUGGAAACAAUCCGCAUUCGAAAAGAAGGUUUCUCCUGGCGACCAUCUUUCAAAGAAUUUGCGCAGAGGUACAACAUCCUGCUGCUUAAACCGGAUCUGCCUCUGGACAAGGAAAGCUGUAUGUCGAUUCUAAAUGGCACAGAGCUGCAUGGCUGGAAAUGCGGUUCAUCACGAUUGUUUUUCAAAUACUGGCAACAGGACGAGUUGGCCCGACUCCUAGAGAGGCUUGGGAAAGCAGCUGUUGUCAUUCAGAAGAAUUACCGUGCAGUGAGCUGUAGGAAAAGGUACUUAGGCCUGCUGGCUGAAGUUAAACGCCAACAGCAGGCCCAGCAAGAGAGGGAAGAAAGGGAAGAAGAGGAAAGACGGAGACAGGAGCUUCUGAUAGAGCAAGAGAGAAACAAACGUUUGCUGGUGGAGCAAGAAAACAAGAGGCCAGUUUCUCCCCCAGUUCCUUUACCCAGAAAGAAAAAACCUCAGCCCAGACCUCGAGCCAUACUUGCCGCAAUUGCCCUCGCGCCUCAUCUAGCGCCCGUACCUCGCCCCCGCAGUAGGCACUUCGAGGCGACGCCGUUUGAUAACCACCAGCAGGAGAACAGCGAUGUGAUGACACUUCUGGCUCAGGAGGUGGAUGAGGAGUGGGCAAAUGAGAAAAGGAAGAAGAGGAGCAACACCAUUCGGUGGUUCAAAGAAACACAAGCCCGCAAAGUAGCCAAAAAUGGCAGUUUUCCUUGCUGGUUCCAUGGCUUGAUCCCUCGAAGACAAGCUGAGGAUCUGUUGACUGACAAGCCUCUUGGCUGCUUUUUAAUUAGAGUGGGACAAAGUCGAGAAGGAUAUACCCUUACAUACAGGGGAGCUGACCGGCUUCGGCACUAUAUGAUCGAGAUGCAGAGUAAUGGGAAGUAUGUAAUCCUGGGUGAGGACAGAGUGCAUGCUUCUCUGCUCGAUUUGGUUCAAUAUCAUACACAAGUGGGUAUCAAGCCAUUUAUGGAGCUCCUUACUGAGCCAUGCGGACAAACAUGCGACCAUGUCCCAGAUUACGAAGAGCUGAAGACGUUGCUGGGGCCUGGUUUGCCUGACAGCAGCAAUACACAUUGCAGAGAAAACAACCACAAAGAUAAGGACCAUGUGCAUGUCGAAAUGCAGAGGAUCUUUCAGCCUCCAGGCAAAAAUCCGGAACUAGAAGCUUCUAAAGCCCCUGUCCUGAGGCGUGUGUCAGACAGAUACAGACAUGUGGAGGCAACUGGGUUAGAGCAGAAAGGAGACGAGGAUUCAGGGGAAGUAAAAGCUUUUCCCCGCCUCUACCCUUCUAUUCGCUUAGCCAUGAGGGAGAUCCAGCAGAUCCAACAGCAUGCACAGCAGUUCUCAGCCAACCAACCACAAAACUCCCAAAACCACUGGACACCCUGGGGGAAGAAAGAUCCCUAAAGGAAGGAUGGAUAACAACAUAGGGGUUUUUUUUUUGCUGCUACCUACAUCAGAAUGUGAACAGCUGAAAGAAAGGAGGGGAGGUUUUUAUGUGAAUGGGACUUGAACUUGAACAAAUGGAGGCAAACUUUUCGACUUUUGUUACAUGGGGCUGUUUGGGUUUAGUUUCUUUAUUACUUUUAAAUUAUGUAUUGAUCACAUAGGGCACUUAAUAAACACUGUCUGAUUUUGCAGACUUCCAUCA